CUUCACUGUCACAUCAGCACUGCCACUUGGAGAAGUUGUUGAUCAUGGAGAAAGGCUCCACGUUAUAGACAGUCUGACACCGUAAAAGAAGAAGACCCUCUACCCCCUUGGACAUCCGCCGAAUUCGCCAGUGCGCACACGCAUCCCACCCAUCCACCAUGAAACGUGCAAGGCAUCUCCACAAUCCAAUCGUCGUGAUACUGGUCUCCGUUCUUUAUCUAACGUUGUACGGUACAUUCGCGGAUCAGGAGAACGGCGACUGGAAGCCCUUUGUCAAGGAGACACACGAUGCUCACUUAUUCGAGCCGUCCACCAUUGCAGCGGUCAAUUCCGCCAGUGCCUUUCCCAAACCGACGCGUGUCAUCGACGACACCGCUACCGUCAUCGUUGAACCGACCUUUGGUACCCACCGACCGGAAGAGGACGCCAUUUUUGCCUACGCCGAGGGGUACAAGUUGAGCUACUACAUGAUGUUUCUCGAAACACUCACGGCUUCGGGUUUUCGUGGUGAUGUUGUCCUGGCUAUUGCGGAACAACGGAUCGUGCGGGAAGACGUUGUGGACUAUUUGAACACGUACACCCAAGGCGAUCCCGAGAAGCCCGCCGUCGUCGUCUACCAAAUGCCCCUGGAUUGCGAUGGGGAACCCAACAAUCAACGGAGAGUUACGCGAUUAGGAGAUACGGACGCUGUCCUCAUUAUUUUGCAAUCUUCUCGUUUUUUUUGGGUCGAUGAACUCAGGCACGUUACAAGGACUGCUCAUGAUCCACGGGAGGGCCGGGUGGUAGCUACCAUCCGUUACGAAUGGUACUGGAUUUGGAGUUUGCGGUACAAUACGCACUCCUGGCUCAUGUUGUUGGACGCGCGCGAUUCCUACUUUCAAUCCAAUCCCUUCAUUUCCUUGCCACGGGAAACCCACCCGGACCGAGAGGAUGGUUUAUUAUACUUAUUCGGCGAGAAUACCGAAGCUACACGUCUCGGAUCUUCGACCAAGAAUUUGAAAUGGAUCCGUAACGGUUAUGGAGAGGCAACGCUCAAGGCACUCGAGGACAAGCCGACGAUUUGUUCCGGAUCCACCAUGGGUGAACAAAUAGCCAUCGAAACAUACUUGAGAGCCAUGGUCAAUGAACAUGACGAAGCCAGCGUCCGAAUGACGGGCAGUGAUCAAGGCUUUCAUAACUAUCUAUAUUAUAGCAACAAACUGUCGCAAGCCGACAGCAUCCGAAAAAUCAUUGUCUGGGAACAAGGCCGUGGUAUUAUCAAUAAUCUCGGGGCACUACGCACGAAAGAGUUGAAGGCUUGGGGGAACUACAACCCGAAAACGCACGAAGUAUACCAAUGGGACGGAGCUACAUUAUCACCCGUCGUACAUCAAUGGGACCGGGACAAGGAUUUACACAGCUGGAUGAACGGUCACAUGCACAAAAAAUGGAAGGCCGAAUGGGAGGAACGAAAGCGUCAGGCAAAAAAUCAGUAAAGGAUAUGGGUUUAUCACCAAUUGCGGUGUCGUGGAACAUUGUCUUGUCACUAGCCUGUCCGUUUAUUUCAAGAUGAUCCAAUGGAAAGAAGAGUUAGUUCGUGUAAUUGUCUGUAAAGCAAUUUUGCAAGCGAUUGUAGAUUCUCGCGUAGUUUACGUUUAGGAAACGUCAAGGGAUUGAAAUCAUGUUUGCUUCUGUAAGACAAUGCUUUGUUCGAGGAUGGCUCCAACAAAAAAAGAUGAGAUUAGGAUUGAUGCCAGGAGCCAUCGUUACUUAUCAGCGCCCAUUGUUUGAUAGUAGUCGCAAGAGCACGAUCUUCUUCGACACCCUGACAGACUGUCACGUCAUUGGCGUCUCUACCACGGUUCACGCUCUGUGUCUUGGUAUCUCCAUCAUAUUUGAAAGAAAAAAAAUGUUGGUGUAUACGUCGAGCCCAUAUGUGUUGUAAGUUGCGUUGGGUGGCAAAUAGAAGCAUAUACAUUGUACGCUAGAAUCGAAUAUUCUAGUGAGAGAGGAUGUGAUGCAAGUACGACAAGCGUGAUGUCUUUCUGUUUGGUUUGUUUUCGAACUUUUGCCCGGCUUGGCCUACUUCAAUGAAUCGACGACCUCUUUCGAACUUUCAUAGUUGGUUGCUCCAUUGCUCUCGUCACACACGCCCGAGCAAUGUCGUCGAGCGUAGCGGUUUCGGACAGGUAUUCAGUCAGCCACCACCAACUGUCACAAUCCUAACCCCUCGCGCCCAUGUCGCUGAAGAACGUCGCAUUUAGCAAGGGCCCGUCACAGGCCAGCAUCCCUCCUGCCUCUCCGUCGCAGUAGAUAUACUCGUUGUUCGGGUAGUCAUAGACACGGCAUCCUGACUCUGUCUUGUCCUGCACGCUGUGAAGCCAUGCGUAACCUACGUUGGAUUCGCGAUCAUGGAAUCCUGGGGAAUAAGUAGCGUCCCACCCAUCACAGAAAACCAUGUCUCUCGUCCCAUAAGCAGUUAUGAACUUGUCCGUCCAGUCGUUCGUUCGCCAGAGUGUUAUCUGAUCCCUGUACCCAGUCUUGCGUAAAGCCUGGUCCACAUCAAAAUUUUCAACGCACUUUGAAUCGUGGUGUCCAUACGCAGCAAGUGCCGCGGGUUCUGCCGACGCAACAACAACAUACUCAAUCAUGGCCGCCACCGCCAAUCCAGUCCGUAGCUCACGCAUACUUGAGUACUCAAAUGACUGACUGUGAAGGUAUGUUUGUCCUCUCGUAUCAAUACCCCACCCUUGAUCUUUCGUCGU